UUUCUAUUAAUAUUAAUCAAACAAUAUUUACUUCAUUUUUGAAAGGGAUGGAGUUUAUUGUUAUUUCCUACUGUGGUUGACUGGUUGUUAUAAGAAAUGGAAUGGUAGUGUUGGAGGGAAGUGCAGUUUGCUAGCAAGUAAAAGAAACAAACAUGUCAGGUCCUGCUUGCUGCUCUAAUCCACCAAUUCUGGACCCUUUUUGUGGAGUUGGCCAUGUUGAAAAACUUGGUGGCCUUGAUGUUUAUCUUACAGGCUCCUUUCUUUCCACCAUCGCCAUUCUCUUCGUCUCCGAUAUUUAUGGAUAUCAAGCACCUAUUAUAAGGAAUCUCGCUGACAGGGUUGCAGCAGCUGGGUAUUAUGUGGUGGUUCCUGACUACUUCAACGGCGACCCCUUUGAUCCUGAUAAUCUUGACAGACCUUUACCUAUUUGGAUGAAAGAACAUCGACCCGAGAAGGGUUUUAAAGCUUCACAACCCAUAAUUGAAGCUUUAAAGAGUAAAGGUAUUUCUGCUAUUGGAGCUGCUGGUUUUUGUUGGGGCGCUAAGACUGUGUGUGAGCUUGGGAAAUCCAACCUCAGUCAAGUUGUUGCGUUAGCACAUCCAUCGUCGAUCACAGUAGAGGACAUCGACGGUGUUAAUGUUCCGAUUGCUAUACUUGGAGCUGGGCUGGACACAAUCACUCCUCCAGAGGUUAUAAAACAAUUUGAACGAGUGUUGGCUGCAAAACCUGAAGUGGAUAGUUUUGUGAAAAUAUUUCCUAAUGUCUCGCAUGGUUGGACUUUGAGGUAUAACACUACAGAUCCGGAAGCUGUGAAGUCUGCAGAAGAGGCUCAUCAAAUCUUAUUGGAUUGGUUUAAUAAACAUCUUAAGCGAGAAAUCUGUUAAAACUCGAUGAAUCAGUUAUGAGGAAGUUACUGCUAUGAGCAGUUUGUUAUUAAUAAUGUUUAGUCAACUAUGUGUGUUGUGUAAGAAUAAAAGGGAAAGAAACUGAACAGGGAGGUUAUCUUCUUAGCAUUCAAAGUGGAAUUUGGAUAAGGAGAGUUCCAAGGUUUUGGAACCCUCAGAGGAGACCAAGUCUGUAAUGUCUAUUUCCUGUUUAAUUUCAAUUUUGUGCAAGUGUGUUUGUUUGUAUUGUCUCUGAUUUGGGAACCUUUCCAAAAGAAUUAUUCAAUAAAUCAGUUGUUAUUAA